AUGUCGGAUUACACAAACAGAUUUGGAUAUCCAGACUUGUUAGUAUCAGACAAUGGUACUCAGUUCGUGAGCGCAGAAUUUGAACAAUUUUGUAAUCAACGAGGUAUACAACACAUAAGGACAGAAACUUAUCAUCCACAAAGCAAUGGACAAGCAGAACGUUUCGUCGAUACAAUUAAAUCUGCAAUUAAAAAAGCAUAUAAUGAUGAUUCAAAGGAUAACAAAAAUCUUCAGGAAUUUUUAUUACAAUAUCGUUCGACUCCUAAUUCAAAUUGUGUGGAAGGGAAAACUCCCUCGGAAUUAUUCAUUGGUCGAAAACUUCGUACGGAAAUCGAUCUCAUAAAACCACAAGUUUCUCCUAAGGUUACACGUAACACAAAAAUGGAAGCACAAUAUAAUAGAAAACACGGCGCAGGUCAUCGUGAAUUUCAGAUAAAUCAACGAGUUUACAUAAAAUCCUACAAGGACAAUAAGAUGACAUGGCGUCCAGGCAUCAUAAUCAAGAAAAUUGGUCAUGUGAAUUAUAAUGUGAAAAUCAAGGAUGCUGAUACUGACAGAAUUAUAAAAUCACAUGCUAAUCAGAUUCGUGAACGUUUCAUAGAUGAGAAUCCCCAUGAUUCUAUGUCCUACAAUCUACAACCAUUAUUCAACCAACCAGUUGAAGAUGCACAACCACAACAAGACAGUCUCCAGCCAGAUGGUCAAUAUAUAAAUAAAUUGGUCGAUACAUCUUCAAAUACUGAUGACACUCCAAAUGAAAACAUUUCAUCACCACGCAGGCGUUCCACACGUAACAAGCGCACUCCAGCAUGGCACCAGGACUACGAGGUUCAUCAUUAA